GCUCCGAUGCCGCGACCGGCACGCGCUGGGCCUCAGCCAACCACUCGACGCCGCGCGCCGCUCGGGCCCUCCGAUUGGCCAGCGCUCCCGCCGGAACCCGCGGGAGCCGGGGGAGGCGGCGUUCGCGCGACGCAUCGACCCGUCCCGGGAGCCGGGGCUCAGCCCCGAGCAGCGCCGCCUCAUAGCGCAGGUGGAGUACGCCCAGCGCCAGCGCGUCCUGCAGCGCCGGCUCCGCAGCCGCAACGUCCUGCUGGCGCUCGGGAUCGGCGCGGUGACAUUUGGCAUCUACGGUUACACCUUCUACUCGGUGUCGCAGGAGCGGUUCUUGGACGAGCUGGAGCAG